AUGAAGACCACCACCCUCACCAGCACAUUCCUCGCCUUGACCUCCAACACCCUAGCCGGCCACCUCUGCCUCUCAAGCGCCUGCACCCUCGCACCCCCAGACCAAGGCCCCGCCUGCGGGUGGUGGCAGAUGUGGGCACCGGGCAACGAAGUCUGCGGGUCCGGGAGCAAGGAGAUGAACCCUCCCAACCCCCUCUCGCUAGAAGAAUGGCUCACAGAGACGCCCCAAAUCCUGGACGACAUCUGCGGCGAGAUGGUGGGGCUCAGCUGGGGCGAUGGCGCGCCGGUCCUGGAUAUCGUUGACGUUGAGGGCGGGAUGAGCUGGAGCAUUGCGGCGGAGGAUAUUGAGGACCAGGACACGGCUGUUUGCGAUUAUAGUGGGACGGACUGUGGGAAUGCGGGGCCGGUUUUUGGGAGGUGGUAUUGGCCUGAUUUGCCUAUUUGCUAG